AUGCAGGUUGCCAAGACGGGAGCAGCAGGGAUGCAGCGUGUGAUGGGCGCCGCGGCGGUGCGGGCGAGGACGAGCACGGCGGGCGGCAACAACGAGAGCGUAGGCAAGGGCGAGGACGGCAGCAGGCGGGUCAGGGCUGCGAUCGAUGAGGUGCAGCUGACGGAAGAACACAUCGGCAAGGGCAAGCGGCUCUCGCUGUGUCGGUGCUGGGCAUCGGCCACGUAUCCGCUCUGCGAUGGCGCGCACAAGAAGCUCAACCUGGGCGGUGACAUCGCCGGUCCGAUCAGGGUCACCCUCUCACCCAAACUUGCCGAGCAGCUCGUCGCAUCGGGCGCUGUGCCUGCAACGGACAAGAGCUAGCUCUUGGUGAGGGGGUCCAUCGCGUCAUGCUCUGCGAUUUGUGCAGAUGCGCUGGUCUUUACUGCAGCCGCCUCCGAGCUGGUGCAUCGGCAGUCAGAGUGAGAGGGGGGAGAAGAGACGGGUAAAGAUGGCAGCAGUGAUG